GCGGCGGUCCGCGCACCGACAGGGCUUAAAAGCGGCGGCCGCGGCAGCGCUCCGGCUGCCGGCUCCAACACGCGCGGGUGCUCCCUCGGUCAUUGUCGCUCCGGCGCUCGGACCGCCUCCUCAUACCUGAGCGGGGAGCGGCGCCGCGGCCUCCUCCCCGCCCGCAACUUGUGCGCCGCCGCCGCGGGAGUAAAGGUCGCGCCGGCCGGGAGCGAGCCGGCCGCAGCUCCUCCAGGAAGCCGGCUGGGCAGGUCCGGGGAAAGGGGGAAAAACAGAAACUCUCUGCCAGUCCGGGAAGAUGGCGCCAGGCGGGCCGGCCGUGGACUGAGAGCCGCCGGGCAGCGGGGAACCGGGACCUGCCCACCGGGGCACGAGCGAGGGCCGCCCGCCAGGUGCGGCGCCCCGGGCUCCUGCCCGGCCCGCGGGGUCAUGUCGGUCAGCGAGCUCUACAGCCAGUGCACAAGGGUCUGGAUCCCUGACCCUGAUGAAGUGUGGUGCUCGGCUGAAUUAACCAAGGACUACAAAGAGGGAGACAGGAGCCUCCAGCUCAAACUGGAAGAUGAAACUGUUCGGGAAUACCCCAUCGAUGUCCAAAGUAACCAGCUGCCCUUCCUACGAAACCCAGACAUCUUGGUGGGAGAGAACGACCUCACUGCCCUUAGCUACCUACAUGAACCUGCAGUCCUGCAUAACCUGAAGGUCCGUUUCCUGGAGUCCAACCACAUCUACACGUACUGUGGUAUCGUGCUUGUUGCCAUUAAUCCUUAUGAACAGUUGCCAAUAUAUGGACAAGAUGUCAUCUAUGCCUACAGUGGCCAAAACAUGGGCGACAUGGACCCCCACAUCUUUGCUGUGGCAGAAGAAGCUUACAAGCAGAUGGCCAGAGAUGAAAAGAACCAGUCCAUCAUAGUCAGCGGGGAGUCUGGAGCUGGGAAGACGGUGUCGGCCAAGUAUGCCAUGCGCUAUUUUGCCACUGUUGGUGGCUCAGCCAGUGAAACCAACAUCGAAGAGAAAGUCCUGGCAUCCAGUCCCAUCAUGGAGGCCAUCGGAAAUGCUAAAACCACUCGCAAUGACAACAGCAGCCGCUUUGGAAAGUACAUUCAGAUCGGCUUUGACAAGCGGUAUCACAUCAUUGGAGCCAACAUGCGGACCUACCUGUUGGAGAAGUCCCGAGUGGUCUUUCAGGCGGAGGAUGAGAGGAACUACCACAUCUUUUACCAGCUCUGUGCCGCUGCCAGUCUUCCGGAGUUUAAAGAGCUCGCUCUGACCAACGCGGAGGACUUUUUCUAUACGUCACAAGGGGGAAACACGUCCAUCGAGGGUGUGGAUGAUGCUGAGGACUUUGAAAAGACACGGCAAGCCUUCGCACUCCUUGGAGUGAGAGAAUCCCAUCAGAUAAGCAUUUUUAAGAUAAUUGCUUCCAUCUUGCACCUCGGAAGUGUGGAGAUCCAAUCUGAGCGUGAUGGGGACUCCUGCAGCAUAUCACCCCAGGAUGAACACCUAAAGAACUUUUGCCGACUGUUAGGGGUGGAGCACAGUCAGAUGGAGCACUGGCUGUGCCAUCGCAAGCUGGUCACCACCUCAGAGACCUACGUCAAGACCAUGUCCCUGCAGCAGGUGGUCAACGCACGAAAUGCUCUGGCCAAGCACAUCUACGCCCAGCUGUUUGGCUGGAUCGUGGAGCACAUCAACAAGGCCCUGCACACUUCCCUCAAGCAGCACUCCUUCAUCGGGGUCCUGGACAUCUACGGGUUUGAGACAUUUGAGGUAAACAGCUUUGAGCAGUUUUGCAUCAACUAUGCAAAUGAAAAGCUCCAGCAGCAGUUCAACUGGCAUGUGUUCAAACUAGAGCAAGAAGAAUAUAUGAAGGAGCAGAUCCCUUGGACCUUGAUUGAUUUUCAUGAUAACCAGCCUUGCAUCGACCUCAUAGAAGCUAAGCUGGGGAUCCUGGACCUCUUGGAUGAAGAAUGUAAGGUCCCCAAAGGAACUGACCAGAACUGGGCCCAGAAGCUCUAUGACCGGCACUCUAGCAGCCAGCACUUCCAGAAGCCCCGCAUGUCCAACACAGCCUUCAUUGUUGUGCACUUCGCAGAUAAGGUGGAGUACCUUUCAGAUGGUUUUCUGGAGAAAAACAGGGACACCGUGUAUGAAGAACAGAUCAACAUCCUGAAGGCCAGCAAGUUCCCACUAGUGGCUGACUUGUUUCGUGAUGAUAAGGAUGCUGUUCCUGCCGCCACUGCCACAGCCGGGAAGGGAUCCUCUUCGAAGAUUAACAUUCGCUCUGCCAGAGCCCCCAUGAAAGUUUCCAACAAGGAGCACAAGAAAACUGUGGGCCACCAGUUCCGCACCUCCCUGCAUCUGCUCAUGGAGACCCUGAAUGCCACGACACCACACUACGUCCGCUGCAUCAAGCCCAAUGAUGAGAAGCUCCCCUUCCACUUUGACCCAAAGAGAGCGGUGCAGCAGCUUAGAGCCUGUGGGGUGCUGGAGACGAUUCGCAUCAGCGCAGCUGGCUACCCGUCCAGGUGGGCCUACCAUGACUUCUUCAACCGGUAUCGGGUGCUGGUCAAGAAGAGAGAUCUGGCCAACUCAGACAAGAAGGCCAUCUGCAGGUCUGUCCUGGAGAAUCUUAUCAAGGAUCCCGACAAGUUCCAGUUUGGCCGCACCAAGAUCUUCUUCCGGGCGGGCCAGGUGGCAUACCUGGAGAAGCUGCGGGCUGACAGGUUCCGGGCAGCCACCAUCAUGAUCCAGAAAACUGUCCGGGGCUGGCUGCAAAAGGUGAAAUAUCACAGGCUGAAGGGGGCCACGCUGACCCUACAGAGGUACUGCCGAGGAUACCUCGCCCGCAGACUAGCCGAGCAUCUGCGCAGGACCAGGGCAGCCGUGGUGUUCCAGAAACAGUUCCGCAUGCAGAGGGCCCACCGGGCCUACCAGAGGGCCCGCAGGGCUGCCAUCGUCAUCCAAGCCUUCACUCGGGCCAUGUUCGUGCGGAGGAAGUACCACCAGGUCCUCAGGGAGCACAAGGCCACCAUCAUCCAGAAGCACGUGCGGGGCUGGAUGGCACGCAGGCGUUUCCGGCGGCUACGUGAUGCUGCCAUUGUCAUCCAGUGUGGUUUCCGGAGGCUCAAGGCCAAACAGGAGCUGAAAGCCCUCAGGAUCGAAGCCCGCUCUGCACAGCACCUGAAACGCCUCAACGUGGGCAUGGAGAACAAGGUGGUCCAGCUGCAGCGGAAGAUCGACGACCAGAACAAAGAGUUCAAGACGCUGUCGGAGCAGUUCUCCACGGCCACCUCCUCGUACACCAUGGAGGUGGAGCGGCUGAAGAAGGAGCUGGCGAGUUACCAGCAGAGCCAGGGGGCCCCCAGGCUGCAGGAGGAGGUGGAAAGCCUGCGCACAGAGCUGGAGAGGGCCCACUCGGAGCGCAAGGUCCUGGAGGACACCCACAGCAGGGAGAAGGACGAGCUGCGGAAGCGAGUUGCAGACUUAGAGCAAGAAAAUGCUCUCUUGAAAGAUGAGAAAGAACAGCUGAACAACCAAAUCCUGUGCCAAUCUAAAGACGACUUUGCCCAGAACUCUGUGAAGGAAAAUCUCCUGAUGAAGAAAGAGCUGGAGGAGGAGCGAUCCCGGUACCAGAACCUCGUGAAGGAAUACUCGCGGCUGGAGCAGAGAUUUGACAACCUUCAGGACGAGCUCACCAUCAUAAAGCAAACUCCCGGCCACAGGCGGAACCCAUCUAACCAAAGCAGCUUAGAAUCGGACUCCAAUUACCCCUCUCCUUUUCCCUCCUCUUCCCUCUCUCUUCUUUUGAAGGAGAUUGGCCUGGAGAAGGCGGCCAUGGACAUGACAGUCUUCCUGAAGCUGCAGAAGAGGGUACGGGAGCUGGAGCAGGAGAGGAAGAAACUGCAGGUGCAACUGGAGAAGAGAGAGCAGCAGGACAGCAAGAAAGUCCAGGUGCGAGAAGGGGCUGUGAGGCAGGAACUGGAGUCAGAGAACAAGAAGCUGAAGAACGACCUGAACGAGCUGAGGAAAGCCAUGGCCGACCAGGCCACACAGAACCACCCCAGCCACGGCUCCCCGGACAGCUAUAGCGUCCUGCUGGACCAGCUCAAGGUGGCCAAUGAGGAGCUUGAGGUGCGCAAGGAGGAGGUGCUCAUCCUCAGGACGCAGAUCGUGAGCGCUGACCAGCGCCGGCUUUCUGGCAGGAACUCGGAGCCAAACAUCAAUGCCAGGACAAGCUGGCCUAACAGUGAAAAGCACGUAGACCAGGAGGACGCCAUCGAGGCCUACCACGGGGUCUGCCAGACAAACAGGUUGCUGGAGGCACAGCUGCAGGCCCAGAGCCUAGAGCACGAGGAGGUGGUAGAGGGUCUUAAGGGCCAGCUGGAGGCCCUCAAGGAGGAGAUGGACAAACAGCAGCAGACCUUCUGCCAGACGCUGCUGCUCUCCCCAGAGGCCCAGGUGGAGUUUGGUGUCCAGCAGGAGCUUUCCCGGCUGACCAAUGAGAAUCUGGACCUCAAGGAACUAGUAGAAAAGCUGGAAAAGAAUGAGAGAAAGCUCAAAAAACAACUGAAGAUUUACAUGAAGAAAGCGCAGGACCUAGAAGCUGCACAGGCCUUGGCUCAGAGCGAGAGGCGGCACCAUGAGCUCACCCGGCAGGUGACGGUACAGCGGAAGGAGAAGGACUUCCAGGGCAUGCUGGAGUACCACAAGGAGGACGAGGCCCUCCUCACUCGGAACCUGGUGACAGAGCUGAAGCCCCAGAUGCUGUCAGGCACGGUGCCCUGUCUCCCCGCCUAUAUCCUCUACAUGUGCAUCAGGCAUGCAGACUACACCAAUGACGACCUCAAGGUGCACUCCCUGCUGACCUCCACCAUCAAUGGCAUCAAGAAGGUCCUGAAGAAGCACAACGAUGACUUUGAGAUGACGACAUUCUGGUUAUCCAACACCUGCCGCCUUCUUCAUUGUUUGAAGCAGUACAGUGGGGAUGAGGGCUUCAUGACUCAGAACACAGCAAAGCAGAAUGAACACUGUCUUAAGAACUUUGACCUCACUGAAUACCGCCAGGUGCUGAGUGACCUUUCCAUUCAGAUCUACCAGCAGCUCAUUAAAAUUGCUGAGGGUGUGUUGCAGCCUAUGAUAGUUUCUGCCAUGUUGGAAAAUGAGAGCAUUCAGGGUCUGUCUGGUGUGAAGCCAACGGGCUACCGGAAGCGCUCCUCCAGCAUGGCGGAUGGGGAUAACUCCUACUGCCUGGAAGCCGUCAUCCGCCAGAUGAAUUCCUUUCAUACGGUCAUGUGUGACCAGGGCCUGGACCCUGAGAUCAUCCAGCAGGUAUUCAAGCAGCUCUUCUACAUGAUCAACGCAAUGACCCUUAACAACCUGCUUCUGCGGAAGGACGUCUGCUCUUGGAGCACAGGCAUGCAGCUCAGGUAUAAUAUAAGUCAGCUUGAGGAGUGGCUCCGGGGAAGAAACCUGCACCAGAGUGGAGCAGUUCAGACCAUGGAACCUCUGAUCCAAGCAGCCCAACUCUUGCAAUUAAAGAAGAAGACCCCUGAGGAUGCAGAGGCCAUCUGUUCCCUGUGUACCUCCCUCAGCACCCAGCAGAUUGUCAAAAUUUUAAACCUUUAUACUCCCUUGAAUGAAUUUGAAGAACGCGUAACAGUGUCAUUUAUACGAACAAUCCAGGCACAACUGCAAGAGCGGAGUGACCCUCAGCAACUGCUGUUAGACUCCAAGCACAUGUUUCCUGUUUUGUUUCCAUUUAAUCCAUCUUCUCUGACCAUGGACUCAAUCCACAUCCCAGCCUGUCUGAAUCUGGAGUUCCUCAACGAGGUCUGAAGAUACAAAUGUCUGACGUUAGCUCCAUACAACCAAUGACAGCAAGAAGGAAACAUAAGCAGUAAAGUGAAUUAAAGCACCAGUUAAAUCUGAUAAAGGUGGAUCAAAUCAGAUCAAGAGCCUAUGGAGAGUACUGAACUAUACAGAAGACACAUCUCUCAAUAUUUUUUGUACCUACUGCUCAGAAUAAAAACUUGAAAUAUGGAA